AUGGCGAAUAGAGAAGGCAACACUCUCAAGUUUCAAGAACUUCCCACCGAAAUUCUCAUCCAUAUAUUCAGUUAUCUGGAUGAGAAGGACUUCUAUGCCUUGCAAGAGAGCUGUAAGCAAUUUGCGCAAAUAAUUAACGAUGAGGAGCUGUGGAAAAACCUUUUCAUGUCAAGAAUUCACACACGAUUGUUCCCCUCAUUCUCAAGGUCGUCCAAGUACAGCAUAGAAUAUGUGGAGAGGAAUCGGGGCCUAAGUGAGUGGAGACACAAUAGAGCCGUCAAGACCAAAUACACUGUCGCCACUCAAAAUAUCCAUAAUCAGCUUGAGAAGGUGGUAUUUGAAUAUCCACGUUGUGCCUGUUACAGCGAUGGUGUUAUCAUGCUUGUUCAGCUGUACUCAAAGAGAAGGAAAGACCGCCUUACCUACAUGCCUUGUACUACUCCGCAAGGUUGUUCCACGAUGCAUUUCAACAUCAAUGCCGCUGUAUUUGGUCGAUAUGAUGGCCGUGUGUUCGGCAAACUCUUGACCAGCAAAUCUUAUCUUUCCCCUGUAACUGAAUUUAACAAUAUGCAUUCAUCUCCUGUCACAGCCAUAACCACAGCGGCGCUGGAGGACUCCUCCGAAGAUUGGUGCGUUAGUGGCUGUGAGGCUGGCCAGGUAAUUUGGUGGUGCGGCACUAAACAAAGAAAGGCACUUCAGCUUUCUAAGAAACCAAUUUUGCGAUUGGCCCUGCAUAAGGAAAUGACAGUCGUUUUAGACUUAAACAAAAUUUAUAUUAUCCAGAAUAUGGAAAAUAUCUCGACACUUGAUGUCCCAGCUGAUCUUCAACUCUCAUCCGCUCAAAUUCAGUUCUUUAAAGUUGAUUUUGGAGGGAAGCUACUCAUAUUGGCAGAUACUUCUAGAUUAUACGUGAUGUCCAUAAAUUCCGAUCAGGAUUUUGGUUUCACUCGAUCAUUGCAUUUCCCUAACUCGAUUCAAAACGUUUUCAUUGAUGAGGCAACCACGAAGAAAACUCAAGACUCCAUGGUGGCAGGCGGUGAUGGUUGCUACGUGGGUAUACUGACGAGGGAUAAUUCUGUUAUGACCAUAAAUAUCAGAACCCCAGGCUCAUCCUUACGGAUCCAAACAAAGCUCACCUUCCAAGACGAAGUGCACGCAUGCCAGGUGAAUAAUCUCGUACUUGUUUGCGCCUUCAGUGGAACUCUUGGCAUCUUCGAUGCUGCUAAUGGUGCAGAGCUUAGAGUCGUAAGAAAAACAGAGAAAUUUCCACAGUUUUUAGAUAUCUCGCAUGGCCGUAUGAUAAUUGGAAGUGGUAACGUGCUGCAUUAUUUGCAAUAUGCAGAUUCUGAUGUUGUGAACAGGAAACCAAAUAGUUCACAGCGAAAUAAAAGCAUAAAAUGGAACGAGGUUCUGCAUUCACAACUUGAUAUAUACGAGGAAGAUGAGAGAAGUCGACAAGAGAGUUUGUCCAGGGCCAAUUUACUUAGGGAAAAGUUUGUUGGUGAUCUGGAUGAUGAGGAGUUGCAACUUAAAAUCGCUUUGAUGGAAUCCGAAAGUCUUGCAACCGAGCAGGUCGAAGUUAAUGAAGAUGAACUUCUGCGGCGUGCAAUUGAGGAAUCAAGAUUAAGUUUCGAAGGCAAUCAGCUUAUUGAAGACGAACCAGAUGAGGCACUGCUUUUGGCACUACGGCAAUCUCAAGAAGAGGAAGAAAGGAGAAGAACGGCACGAAGGGCCGAAAGACGCAUGGCACCUUUGGGGGAGUUUCAAACGCCAGACAUGUCAGUUUCUUCGCAGGUUGAAGUUGAUACUUCAUUCAAUGAGGUUUCAACAGAAAACACGUUUCUUACGGGUCAAUACGGACAUUUGAACCAUGAUGAGGAAAUGGAACUAGCUCGUGCACUUUCUCUGAGUGAAUUGAGAUGA